AAACAAAGCAUGAUGUCAACUGACACUCGCGCUGUAGUAGGUUCCGUGGGAUGAAGGCGGCAUGCCCAGAGGUGGGGCGGAAAUCACAGCUCGGCUUGCUCCGGGCAGAAAGGCGGCAGGCACCAUUACCUUGCUGGUGGCACCGAGACAAUGAAGGCGGACGCUUGGCGAGGGCACACUGACCAAGCAGGGGCGGACGGACGCGAUCGGAGGGAGAUGCCUGCAAGUCAAGGGAAGGAUGGUGAAAGCCAUGUCAGCAGCAACAGUACCAGCAGCAGCAAUUCAGUUGCUUGCUUCGGACAGUAUCAAUAUACAGCAAAUGAAUAUCAAGCCAUCCAGCAUGCUCUUCGUCAGAAACUGGGGCCGGAAUAUAUCAGCAGUCGGCAAGCUGGAGGAGGACAAAAGGUCUGUUACAUUGAGGGUCACAAGGUAAUCAGUCUGGCCAAUGAGAUGUUUGGCUUCAAUGGCUGGGCUCAUUCAGUCACUCAACAGAAUGUUGACUUUGUUGAUCUCAACAACGGCAGGUUCUAUGUGGGGGUCUGUGCAUUUGUGAAAGUCCAGCUUAAGGAUGGUUCAUACCAUGAGGAUGUAGGCUAUGGAGUCAGCGAAGGCUUGAAGUCCAAGGCCUUGUCCUUAGAAAAGGCAAGAAAGGAGGCAGUGACAGAUGGACUGAAGAGGGCACUCAAGUGCUUUGGGAAUGCUCUUGGGAACUGCAUCCUAGACAAAGACUACCUACAAGCAGUUAAUAAGCUUCCACGUCAGAUGCCCCCUGAGUUAGAUUUGGUGAAAACUAAAAGACGGGACUACGAGCCUGAAAUAGAGAAAGCAAGGUACGACGGCUGUUUGGAAAGGCAGAACCCGGCGUGGAGACAACGCUGUGAAACGGCACCAGCUUGUAAGCCCACUCACACAGCGGCUUCCGCAGCGACAGAAGAUCAGCAGCAGCCCAACUGCUCCAGAAAUACCGAUUCCCCAGCUAUUGAGUGUGAUGCCACUUACCAGCGGAAAUUGCGACAAAAGCAGCUACAGCAGCAGUUCCGCGAGCAGAUGGAGAAGAGACGUCAGGUUACAGAAGUUACUCCCAGCAGCAAACAGGCAACAGCCAAUCCUCCCGUAAAACACAGCACUCCAGCAGUAGUACAACAGGAACUGGCAAUAGAAGAAGAGUUCUUUGCAGAUGAUCUUGAGCUCUGGGACAUUUCCUUGGAGACCGCUGACCUCAACGAGCUGAUGCGUCACAAAGCGGCAGGCCCGCCAGCCGGGCACCAGCCCCCCGAGACACCCCGCGGAUGCCACCAAAUGACAACUCGUAACAGGACGCCUCACAGAACGAAUUAUCACAAACCUUCCGUCAGGUCCGCACAGCUGCAGCCAUCUGCUGCUCCCACGAGCAACAGCCACGGUGCCAACCAGCACACACCGGCAGAGUGCAGCCCUUACAGGAGAAGUCAAAGCUGGAAGAAACGGAGGCUAGAACACACAUAGGGCACCCAGUGGCAUCGUUACCUACGUACUGGAUUACAUCAUGAGUCUGCAGUUGGCUGUUGAAAGCCUCAUCUAUUAAUAGAUUGGCCCAAAGCAACACAGAAUAGCCAGCAAGACACAGCCAGCAAGAACUUCAUGUGCUUUGGGGUUAUUACAUAUUCCAGAUUUUUUUUCUAUAAACACACAAUCAUUUGUGCUUCUGCACAACUCGUGGCUGUUACAAAUAAUUUGCCUGAAAAUUGUACCAUAAGUAAACCUUAAAAUGAGAUGCCGUGGCUUCUGUCCCACGCAGUGUUGUGUUUUGGCACACAGAGACUUUUUUUCCAAUAAGACGAGGACAGGGUGGGUGAUGGUCCCAGGAAAACAUUCGGACCACCGGCUCCCAUUCCCUCGGGCCGUGUGCAGUUGUGGCAGCCUCUGCCCCCCACACGCGGCCCAGCUGCCUGCCCUGGGGCUGCACAAGCUGGGUCAGAGCAGCACCCUGACACAACUCUGCCUCAGCUCGCCCCUCAGCACACGGGAUUCCCAGGAGCAGCAGCAGCACGACCCCCUGUGCCCGUGCAGCACGGGGGCAGGAACGUGCAGGGACUGCUGCUGAGGAGUACGUACAGCAUCUAAGUGGUUGGUCGGACCUUUUGUAAAAUGAACGGGAGCUGCAAUUUUAAUCUUUUGGUGUUUUAAAUAAGCUAUUACUCCUUUUUAACACAAGAAUAAACACUAAACUUGGACAGACCAACCACACUUGUUAUUCGUGCCUUCUUCCUAUUGAAUUACAACUCCUUUCCCGUUUCUCAAGCUCAAAGCAGCUUGCGGUCACUUUGUGAGCAGGUACAAGUAGAAAGCUAGAGACUACCACUGCAUGCACAGCCUUGCAUUGGCUUUAGUGUGGACAAACAGAAAGGUUCGAGUGGGUUUUAAACACGAGAGCAAAGCAACAGCUGUUCCUCUUAGUAAUAAGGUGAAAGGAAGUCAAAGAAUAAGAUCAGGAAGUGUUCAGGAAUUACCGUGCCCAGCUCAAAAGGCCUCGCUCCGGUGAGGGAAUGGCUGGGCAGCUGCUGGGUCUUUUCCUUUUCUGGUGAGGGGGCUCAGCUGCAGCCUCCGCUGCCCUGGGCAGGAGCUGGGCUCCACCAACCGAGCACCCUCCCUGCCCAGAGCAGCCUGAGCUCCCCAGGGCUCGAGAGGGGAAGCUGGUUCUGUGUUACCUGGGGGCAGCAGUGGAGAUGAGGAGGAUGGUGCGGCGUGGCUGGGGGCUGGAGCUGAACCAGGAAAAGCGACACUAAGUUUGACUAAUCCAACCCUGAAACUGAUGUCAGACUUGAAACAGGGCCUCAUUUCUGUGCUUUGCCAUUACUGGUCUAUCCAGACGAGUUUCGUAAAGCAAGCUAAAUGUUACAUAGGGGAUACGAAGCAUUUAUUCCCAUUCCUCCUACUUCACCUUCACCACUUAU